GUGACCACCAGAAGAUUCGUAUCCUUAAAAAUCCGUCGAUUCAGAACCCUAAGCGGUGGAUCCUCAACAACUAUGGCUGAACAACCACAGCAGCAGCAGCGUAGCUCCGAUUCUUCUCCUCAUCAGCUGAAGUUACCUUCUUUCGUCGUCAACUUGUUCCCCUUUCUCCAACCCAAGUCUCCUGCUUCUGUUAACGGCGCCGAUGGUGCUCCUAAACCCACGGUAGGAGUCUCCAAGGACAAGGAGACUCAGAACUCGACGGUCUCUUUCCCUUACAAUCCUCCCAAGAGCGCAGAGCCACUCAAGGUUGAAGCCGAGCCUAGUUCCGGAAGCACUUCCAACUCCCUCGUCAUUUGGCAGGUAUAUGCACUUGGAGGGUUUCUGGUCCUGAAGUGGGCCUGGGCGAGAUGGAAUGAGAGGAACGCCACAAGUGACAAAAAGGAGGAGGAGGAGGAUGAUGAUGAUCAAGCUCCUCAUCCCGAAGAUGAUUGAUGAUGAAGGCUGCUAGUCAUAUUUGCACGAAGACAAUGAAUCUGCUACCCCAUUUUGGUUCUGUAUAGCAAAAACUCCCUUUCAGAUUUUCUUAUAUUCCCAUUGUAUCUCUACUCAAGACUUUCUUGAGUUCCUUCUACUUCUGUAAUGACACUACACUUCCCCUCUCCCAAUGCAGUUUUUUUUUUCUCUUU